AUGAUGGAGGAAGGGCCCCCCAAUUCCAGCGAAGGCCAGCAAGGCUGGGGCGCGGCCAGGAACGGCAGCGGCAGCUCCUUGGACCUGGAGUCUGUGGUGCAACCCCUCGCCUUGAACCCGUGGGACGUCGUCCUCUGCAUCUCCGGGACCGUCAUCUCCUGCGAGAACGCCGUCGUGGUGGUGGUCAUCUUCUACACCCCGGCUUUCCGGGCUCCGAUGUUCCUCCUCAUCGGCAGCCUGGCCACGGCCGACCUCCUGGCCGGUUUGGGGUUGAUCCUGCAUUUUGCCUUUGUCUACUUCAUCCCAUCGGAGGCGGUCAGCCUGCUGACGGUGGGGCUCCUGGUCACCUCCUUCACGGCCAGCGUCAGCAGCUUGCUGACCAUCACCAUCGACCGCUACCUGUCCCUCUACAACGCCCUGACCUACUACUCGGAGAGGACGGUCACCAGGACGUACAUCAUGUUGAUCCUCACCUGGGGAGCCUCCAUCUGCUACGGGCUCCUGCCCAUCAUGGGCUGGAACUGCCUGAAGGAGCCCUCCGCCUGCAGCAUCGUCAAGCCCCUGACGAAGAACCACCUCGUCAUCCUCUCCGUCUCCUUCUUCAUGGUCUUUGCGGUGAUGCUCCAGCUCUACGUGCAGAUCUGUAAGAUCGUCUGCCGGCACGCCCACCAGAUCGCCGUCCAGAGACAUUUCCUGGCCAGUUCCCACUACGUCACCACCCGAAAAGGCAUCGCCACCUUGGCCGUCAUCCUGGGCACCUUCGCUUCGUGCUGGCUGCCCUUCGCCAUUUACUGUCUCCUGGGGGAUUACAGCUACCCGACCCUCUACACCUACGUCACCCUCCUCCCCGCCACCUACAACUCCAUGAUCAACCCCGUCAUUUACGCCUUCAGGAACCAGGAGAUCCAGAAAGUGCUCUGGACCGUGUGCUGCGGCUGCUUCUCCUCCACCAUGCCUUUCCGCUCCCGCUCCCCCAGCGACGUCUGA